UGUUUACAUACCGCGAAGUAUACCGGGAUCAGAGGCGAUGCACAUCCCAGUCUGAACACGUAGACUGAUAUGUACAUUGAAGAUACACAGACACCCAUACAUGCCCUAUACAUGCACAUGCACACACUCCCGUACAAGUUAGGGGACACCUAAGAUGCAUGGGCAGUGGAAAACCUGGGUUUAUCAAUCCGGCAUAUCAGAUCGUUAGUCUACAUGAGCCCAAGGCGUGUGAGGGAUACCUCGACAGGCAGAGGGCAGAGGUCCUUAUACUCUGUAGUAAUGUGACGGACGAUGACACGUGUGCCGAGCUAUUGAAGCCUUCCAAGUAGGUCUUAGGCAUAUCCGUAUGUACCAAGACGGUCGUAGAGGGCUAUAAGCGGGGCGAGGGGUACUCCAUUCUAUUUUGUACAUUCUAUUAAUAGAAGUACUCUUAAGCUAUCCGUAGCACCCUAUGUUAGGUGUGCAUGGGGGAUGCAGGGAUCAAACACUCUGGAUGAGACUCUGGUACGAGUAUGAGAUCAUAGCAGGAGGUUAGUAACACGCUCGUGGUAGCUAUGGCAUAGGACCAUAUUUAAUGUCGUCCACUUCAUGUAGUAUAAGAGGAACCCCCUCGCAUGUAUAUGCACCGGAUAUCGCUGCAGAUACUAACUACAGAAACAAACAUAACAGUAGACGGAUAUGAUAGACAGCCUCUCAUAACCAGGCAGUUGCCAGGACAGACACACAGGUCCCAAACAGAUAGGCGUCUAAUGAUGUAGUAAGCGUGCGACCGCAUAGCAUGUUCCGACAGUAGAGCAGAUGUGUAUGCAACACCAGACUACAAUAACACAAUAAACUCUAAAAGUAAAGGGG